CGGGCUUCAAAACAGGAGCCUCCCUCGCUUCAAAUCCGGAGCGUGGGAACGCGGGGGCUCGCUUUCAGCGACAUGGCUCAAAGGGCCUUCCCGAAUCCUUACGCUGAUUAUAACAAAUCCCUGGCCGAAGGCUACUUUGAUGCUUCCGGGAGGCUGACUCCUGAGUUCUUACAACGCUUGACCAAUAAGAUUCAUGAACUUCUUCAGCAAAUGGAAAAAGGCCUAAAAUCAGCAGACCCUCGAGAUGGCACUGUUUACACUGGCUGGGCAGGCAUUGCUGUGCUUUACUUACAUCUCUAUGAUAUAUUUGGGGACCCUGUCUACCUACAGAUGGCACAUGGCUAUGUAAAGAAAAGUCUGAACUGUUUGACCAAGCGUUCCAUCACCUUCCUUUGUGGGGAUGCAGGCCCCUUGGCGGCGGCCGCUGUACUGUAUAACAAGAUGAACAAUGAGAAGCAAGCCGAAGAAUGCAUCACACGGCUAAUUCACCUAAAUAAGGUAGAUCCCCAUGCUCCAAAUGAAAUGCUCUAUGGACGAAUGGGCUACAUCAACGCUCUUCUUUUUAUCAAUAAGAACUUUGGAGUGGAAAAGAUUCCUCAAAGCCACAUCCAGCAGAUUUGUGAAACAGUUUUAACCUCUGGAGAAAACCUAGCUGGAAAGAGAAACUUCACAGCAAAGACUCCACUGAUAUAUGAAUGGUACCAGGAAUAUUAUGUGGGGGCUGCUCAUGGCCUGGCAGGAAUUUAUUACUACCUGAUGCAGCCCAGCCUUCGAGUGAGCCAAGGGAAGUUACAUACUUUGGUCAAGCCCAGUGUAGACUAUAUCUGCCAGCUGAAAUUCCCUUCUGGCAAUUAUCCUCCAUGUGUGGACGAUACCCGAGAUCUGCUUGUCCACUGGUGUCAUGGUGCCCCUGGGGUGAUCUACAUGCUUACCCAGGCCUAUAAGACGUUCAAAGAGGAAAAGUAUCUCUGUGAUGCCUAUCAGUGUGCCGAUGUGAUCUGGCAAUAUGGGCUGCUGAAGAAGGGAUACGGGCUGUGCCAUGGCGCCGCCGGGAAUGCCUACGCCUUCCUGAACCUCUACAACCUCACCCAGGACGUGAAGUACCUGUACAGGGCCUGUAAGUUUGCUGAAUGGUGCUUAGAGUAUGGAGAGCACGGGUGCAGAACACCGGACACCCCCUUCUCCCUCUUCGAAGGAAUGGCUGGCACAAUAUAUUUCCUGGCUGACCUGCUAGUCCCCACAAAAGCCAAGUUCCCUGCAUUUGAACUCUAAGAGGAAAGCAUGCCCCACAGCUCUGCAUGACCCUUUCUGUACACGCAAACCCGGCUGACUGCUUUUGUUGCUGUUCAAGGAAACACAGAGUCAAAACGCAUACGUGAUUUAGAUUGUUUUUUCCAAAUUUAUCUUUAGUUCAUUUCCUUUUUUUAUCAUUUACUUUUAUUUUAAAGUAUCCAAGGAUACUUGAGUUUCUUCCUGGAUGGUAGAUGAUAGAUAUAGCAUUUUGAGGUCAUAGAUGUAUAUUUCAGAACUUGGAAGAAAUCUUAUUUAAGUUUAUGAAUGUAACUGUUACUAUUCUAAAAAUCCUUAAAAGAAACUAACUAUAAAGAGAGAUAAAUAUGUGACUGUUGUUAGAAAUUGCCCUUUACCUCUUCUUUUUAGUAUUUUUCCUCCAACCAGGAGGGCAGGUAGUUUUAUGAAUUUUCUCUUCAGUGGUUGAUUAUGAAAAGGGACAAAAAUAUACCUUUGUUGCUUCCAUGGGAAAAAUUCCAAGAGUUGAAAACUGGACUGGGGACCUAAAUGCCAGUUUUUAAAUUCAUGACGUCUGUGUGGACUAGAGGUGAUUGUGCUUUCAAAUUUGCUUUUGUCAGAGGCGUCUAGGCUUCAUCAGCCAACAUUACGAACAAAAACUGCUAAAAACAUGGUGGUCGUUGUGAAAAUUCUCAUUUGAAGAUUAGUUCAAGAUAAGCUAAUAAUAAGAGUUACUGUUUUCUCUAAAACAAUCUAGUAUAUUUUGAAACUAUUUGAAUUUGUUUUUCUGUAGUCAUAAAAGAUGCAGAAGCUAGUUUUCUGUGUACGGAUAUCCGCUGAGCAGCCCGCUCUGUUUGACUGACCUUCUAAACUUCAACUUGUGUUUCACUUACUUUAUGGUGACUAUGCCUUAGUGCUGACUGCUUGGUAUAAGCCAUUUUCCAACUAUAUUUUCCUUCCUAUCAAUUUUUCUGAACAUUGAUCUUUUCACUAAAUAGUAUAGCAUUCUACUUUUGUUUUUACAAAGGGACAAGAAGGGGAAUGCUUUGUAGCCAGUAACUUGAACAAGAAUACUAAGCUUUUGAUAGAAAUGCUAUUUCUUUAAGAGGCAUUAUCCAGAGUUCAUGCUUAGAACAAAUGGAUCUGUGCAUAUCGUAGGCUUAACAGUGUCUCAGUUCUGAGACAACAGAAUUGGGUUUUACUUGGUAGGUGAAGACUCAGUUCCUGGGGCUUCAAAUUCUGUACAAAUGUUUUGACUCAUCAGCUUCUACUUCUACUCCUCAGUCCUGUUUUCUCUUUUUUGACUAAUUUUGAAAAAUUUGCAGCUUCAAAAUAACAGGGUCUAAGAGUUCUUAAUGUGCCUAUUUCAUGGCUCUCUUGGUCAUAAAAACAUGCUAUUUUUUAAUGGAACUUUGAACCAAUUCCCCUCUGACUCUUAUGCUGUUUCCUGUGGGUAGCAGUCCUCUAUUAUUUUCCGUUUAGCACCAAAAUAGUAUUAUUGGAAAUCAUUUAACCUUUGAAAGGCCACUGACAGUGGGCUCUAAAAAGCAGCCCCCUGCUGAGUUCCUAGGAUUAGCUUGCUCUUUCUGUGACUUGUGUACAUUGGUGAUUACGUUGUGGCUCUCAGAUUCCUGCAGUGCUGCUAGUAAGCUGUGUGCAAGCUACACCUUUCUUGUGAAAGUCUCCAAUCAAUGACGUCAGUAUUUGCAGUCAGAAGCAAAACUAACAUACCUUUGCGUGUCCAACUUAAAAGAAUGGAGCUCAUUUGGUUAGUUAAAUGUCUGAAUUAUUCUAUGCCUGUCCUUUUAGCUACUGUAGUUACUAACAGAGGGAAAGAACAAGACACAAUCUCUCUGAACCAGAGGACACUUCAUCAUGAUGCUCCUCCACACAUUUUAAUUAAUUUAACCCCAGGAAGACUUAAAGGCAGGAGAAGAACAGUUCAAAUAAGAUUUUUGUUAGUAUCUGAAUUUCUUUUUAGUUACUGUCAUCCAUUAAGAAAUUCAUCAACACAAAUAUGAUUCAAAGGGUUUUCUUAACUUUUUAGGAUGGAUUAAACUAUAAAGAUUUCAUAUCUGUGUCAUUGUUUUAUUUAUGCUUGAGAGCUAAAAACGUUUUGGUGGGAUUUUAAACUCAGGCAAAGCUAUAAUGCUGAGAACAGUCACCUAACUGGUGACCAAAGCGCCUUUUGCACUAGCUGUCUUAGUUUUGAAGGUAAUUGGCAUCAUUGUUUCAGUUCUGUUUCUUUUUUUCCCCCCAAAGGAAAAAGAUUUAAUAUAAAACUUCAAGAUUCACAUCAUGAUAAAUGAUAACAUUUAUGAAAUAUCCGUUUGUUGAGUUCCACUUUCCGUCUUUUCUGUUUUGACCACCACCUCAGCCCAUCCUUUUCUACUGUGUCCACAAAUUCCAUUGACAGAUUCCCAUCUUGCAGGUGAUGUAGAAAGUUGACUCCUGUAUGAGCUAGAAUGGUUACUAUUGUCAUUUUUUAAGACUAGUCAGGUGCAGUUGUGAGAAGGAAGGAAAGAGUAGUAACAAGGCAUUCUAACUGAACAAUAAUUGAAAUAACUCACUACCUUCAAAGCAGUCUAUUUUUUAAAAAUUUCACCAACAUCUAGGUAGUAUCUGAACCUUCUUUCCCUGUAUCCUAAAAUAUAUUGGUUAGCUGUCCAUCCUUCUAGUUAGAGCUAUUUUAUUUUCUGCUUUUAUAUGAUUUUUGGAUGUGUACGUUGGUGGGAGGAAAGCAUAUUACAUGUACAUGUGUUUGUUGUCACCCUAUAUUGCUAAAAUAUAUUCUCCAAUAAUUAUUUCAGAGAGGGUAUACAAGAAAUAGACUUCCUAAGUUCUUCGAUAUCAAGAAAUGUCUUCAACUUACCGUGAAAAUCAAAUGCCAGUUUGGCUGGAUGUAGAAUUCUAGGUUUAAAGAUUUCAUUCUGAAGGACUUAUAUGACAGCACUCCAUUUACUUCUGGCAUCCAGAAUGUCCAGUGAUAAAUCUGCUGUCAGUCUGAGUCUUGUUCCAUGGUAGGUUGUCUCUUUUCUCUUUCUGGAAAGUCCUUAAGAUUGUCUCUUUAUCACUAGAAUUGCAAAAUUUUACCAAGUUGUGUCUAGGAGUGAGUUUCCUCUUAUUAGUCUUACUGGGUAUUCAUUAAGUGCUCACAGUCUCAAGAGUCAACUCUUUCUUUAACUCCAGAAUCAGUUCUGUUUCUGUUACAUUUUUCCCUGGGAGAUUUUUCUUCAUUCCCAAAAGUUGCUCACUGGAAAACUCAGUAGGAUCUGUUAUCUUCAAAGGUUGUCAGGCACUAUUUAUUUAUCCUUUUACAUAUUUCUGUUGGCUCUGAGAAAGUGCAAGUGGUUAAUUUAUCAACAUGUGAAAAGUGUUAACAUCAUGACCAUUUCCACUGAUCCCACUGGAUGUUGAUCUCAUCUGAGUUUAGUCUUUAAUCCUCAGAGUCAUUGGCUCCUUUUUCAUCAUUGAUGUCAAUUCCAAGUCAUUGGCAUCAAAUGCCUCCAUGGUAGAUAGAAUUUUGAUAAAAGUGGAUCUAAAGCCACUUUGUCUCCUUCACACUUCCCUCAGGUUAUUUGAUUAUUUGUAUAAUGAUACCCUGCUUUUGACUAGCAGAUUUUGUAAUAUAAAGAAUAUUUCAAAAUACUCUUGAAUAUUUACUCCUACAUUCCCUUGGUUACUAGAACUCAUGUAAUGCUUUAUCAUUCAUACUGAAUUCUUACUUUAUUUCUGCUUCUCUUAAAUAAGUCAGAGCACCCCCAUGCUGUAUUUUCUGUACUGCUAAGUUCUCUCUAAUAGAUACAAGACAAAGUGUAUGGGAUAUUCAGAGAACUGACUCUACUAUUAUAGAUUGUCUUUUUCUGGAAGGAAUGAGAUCAUAUGUAUUUCUGUGUUCUGUAAAGGAUUUGACUU